AAUUAAGCUCUCGAAGGUCUUUGUUUUGAAAACGAAACCGGAUGUACAGAGACGAGAAAUUAAAAGUUGAAAACCGAAUAUAUACUUCAACCAAAGUGUACAAGUUUACUUCCGAUUUCUCCCGACCAAUCAAAUAACCGCGCGCAUUUUGCCAUAAUAUUCGAAGUCGGAAGUGGAAUUAAUCGGCAAGAUUGGAAGACAAGACUAAAGCGAAUAUGUCGAAAAGGAGAGUCAAACUCCCAGGGGGAUUUUCAGAAAGUAAAUGGUUUGUGAUUCGUUACUCGUCGGACAAGGAAUUAAGUCCACCUCUGACCUCUAGUCAAUUGGAGGAUGAAGAAACAGGAGAGACAGGGGAGGAGAAAGAAUUCAAAGUUGGAGACCAAGUCCAAGCACCAUGGAAUGGAGUCAUGUACCAGGGAAAGAUUGAAUUCGAAAGUGACAGUAAAGAUGAAUGUCUGAAGUACACAGAUUCAAAGAAGAAGACAAAGAAAAGGAGAGCACAUGUACCAGCCAAGAAAACUGCUGCAGAUGUUGAGGAUGCAGAUGCUAUUCUCAAGAAAUCAAAGAAAGAAAAAAACGAGAAAAAGAAGAAGAUAGAGGCGGCACAAAAGCACACAGCUAUUACAACAGCUGAGGAGUUGUUUAAAUGUAGUUUUCUAACUGCAUCGCAUACUACAAAUGAUAAGCAUUAAAGAAAAACAGCUCUGAAUCAGCCAAAGAAACAUCUGAUGGCCAGAGCAACCAUUAUCUCCCAAAAAGGGGAAUCUGUGUUGACAAAUGUUGUUAUGUUGUUGCUGAAAACCCAGAAAACUUCACAAUCCCAAGGGGUUAUGUGAAGUUUGUAGACGGACACGACAUAUACAUUGAGGCCAAGUGGCUUUCUAAUAUCAAAAGCCUAUUCAGAGGGAAGACAAAACCUCACUGCCUAAAGCUGAUCAUGAAUGGGUUUUAUGAGCCUCAUGAAAUUCAGAAGAAAACUGCAAUGAUUUUGUUGCAGACACCUCUUGGCCAGGCUUUAAAAGCAUUUGCAGUCACAACCUUGGGGAUGGACAGCACUGACAUUGUUAAAGCCAUCAACACCAAAAUAGGGACUAUGUGCCGCUCUAUAAAAGAAAACAGACAAUCAAAAUAGAUAAAUAUUGUGUUCUAAUUCGUUUAGCUCAAAAGAUCAACAUUGUUUAAUUUUUUUCUCUGGAUGGUAUGAAUUACUAGUAUUGGAUCUUAAUUUGCCAAAAAAAAUGGAUUAUGUUCUGUGAUGAUUUGAAUGAAAACCUUAAUUCAUAGACACAUUGCUUUUUCAUCCAAUUGUAAGUAAUAUGCAUGUUUUUAAUUCAUUUAAGAAUCAAAUAGAAAUAUUAAAAAGUUCAUCCGUAGUCUAAUUUCAUGUGCAAGAAAUCAGUAGGGCGUGGUCACAACAAGAUCAAUUAAAUCAUAGCUUAAAUUGGCCAUUUCACUAUUAUGUUUGUAAGACAAAUCUGUGGCUGAAGUGUUUGUAUUAAAUUGAAGCAAAAAUAAAUUGAGAUUUAUUUGUCAAAACCAAAUUUAAAGAUUGUACUGUAAGUGUGUAAAUAAUAGUAUUUUGUAUAUCUGGCAAUUAAGACAUGUAUAACCUUGCAUGAGUGAAAUUUAUUGAUGAUCGAGUAGUAUAUCCUCUCAGUCACUUUAUAUUAAACUGCAGUGAAAUGUAUGUACAAGUAGUGUUGCAUGAUUACCAAAAAAAAAUUAUUAGUAUUAAAUAAACAAUUCAUGUAUUCUUAAAAAUGAAAUUGUCAUUAUUUUUUUUUUGAAAUUCUAUUAUUGAAUAUAGAGAAAGUAUAAGGAAGAUCAUGGAAAUUCAAAUAACCUCUAUAUUAGUAAUCAGUUUUUUGUAGCCAUUCAUAGUUUUAAUUGAAAGCUGCAAGAGGUUUUAAAACCACAAACUAUAUAAGGCUAUCUGACAAUGUUUGCCAGAGGUUCGCUGCAAACUGUACUUGGCUAUCUGGCAAUGUUUGCCAGAGGUUCGCUGCAAACUGUACUUGGCAAUCAGAAGUUUGCCAAAGGUUAACCGCAGAACUUCACCAGAGGUUUACCAAAAUCCAUAUUUGGCUAUCUCAAAUUUGCGGCAAGUCUGCCGUAAACUUCAUUUGCAUGGUAAAAAGUCACCGUAAGGUUGCUGCAGACAAACUGCGGUAACUUUGCCGCUAAGUUUGCAGCAAAUUUGCCGCAAUACUUCACCAGAAGCCUCUUUUUUUGG